AUGGCCACUCCAGCAUUCUGGCUGACUAGGAAGAUGUUUCCCUUCAAGGUGAACAAAUGGAUGGGGCUUGCUUGUUUCCGGUCACUAGUGAUCUCCUCUCCCAACAUUCGCCAGAAGAAACUAAUCCACAAAUUGCAGGAGGAAAGGGCUUUUCGGGAGGAGAUGAAAAUUUUCCAUGAGAAAAUAGAAGACUUCAGGGAAGAGAUGUGGAAUUUCCGAGGCAAGAUCCGAGCUGUCCGAGGCCAGAUCUUGGGCUUUUGGAAAGAGGAGAGACCUUUCUGGGAAGAGGAGAAAACCUUCUGGAAAGAAGAAAAGAUUUUCUGGGAAAUGGAAAAAUCUUUCCGGGAAGAAGAGAAAACCUUUUGGGAAAAAUACUGCACCUUCUGGAAGGAAGAUAAGGCCUUCUGGAAAGAGGACAAUGCCCUAUGGGAGAGAGACCGGAACCUUCUCCAGGAGGACAAGGCCCUGUGGGAAGAAGAAAAAGCCCUGUGGGUAGAGGAAAGAGCCCUCCUUGAGGAGGAGAAGGCCCUGUGGGAGGAUAAAAAGUCCCUCUGGGAGGAAGAGAAUGCCCUCUGGGAGGAAGAGAAAGCAUUCUGGGUAGAAGGUGGCAGCCAUGUGGCUGAGGAGCUGAUGCUGGAAGACGGGCCUUACAACGUUAAUGGAGGGCUGCAGUCACCAGCCUUCUCCCGAGGCAGAGCGUGA